GCCAAAUGGUUGCCGGUUAUUUAAAUUGGCCACAAGCAACAUUUGCAAGCAAAGUAGAGGAAGAAGAUGGUGGGACUCAUUUAAAAGUAACACGAGAAAUCGAUGGAGGUUUGGAUAUUGUACGGGUUAAAUUACCGGCUUUGGUCACAGCUGAUUUACGUCUUAAUACGCCUCGUUAUUCAACUCUGCCGAAUAUAAUGAAAGCUAAAAAGAAGCCUUUAGAAAAGAAAGCACUUAAAGAUUUGGGAAUUGAUUUGUCUUUACAAACUGAAAUUUUGGAGGUAACAGAGCCACCAGCUCGUCAAGCAGGAGGGUUUGUUGAUGAUGUCCCUUCACUUGUAAAAAGUCUUAGGGAGAAGGGAGUUAUUUAG